GACAUGAAGAAGCAGCGGCGGCCCGGGCGGCGGUAGCGGCGGGAUCGAGGCUCGCGCGGGGUCCGGGCGGAGGCGCUCCGCGGCCUAGAGCGGCAGACGGCGCGGCGGGCCGAGGAGGAGGCGCGGCGGCCGCCCUGGCCCGACAUGGAGAUGGAGAAGGAGUUCGAGCAGAUCGACAAGGCCGGGAGCUGGGCGGCCAUUUACCAGGAUAUCCGACACGAAGCCAGUGACUUCCCAUGUAGAGUGGCCAAACUUCCUAAGAACAAAAACCGAAACAGGUACAGAGAUGUCAGUCCCUUUGACCAUAGUCGGAUUAAACUGCAUCAAGAAGAUAACGACUACAUCAAUGCUAGUUUGAUAAAAAUGGAAGAAGCCCAAAGGAGUUACAUUCUUACUCAGGGCCCCUUGCCCAACACGUGCGGUCACUUCUGGGAGAUGGUGUGGGAGCAGAAGAGCAGGGGCGUGGUCAUGCUCAACAGAGUGAUGGAGAAAGGAUCGUUAAAAUGUGCCCAGUACUGGCCGCAAAAAGAAGAAAAAGAAAUGAUCUUUGAAGACACAAAUUUGAAGUUAACAUUGAUCUCUGAAGAUAUAAAGUCAUAUUACACAGUGCGACAGCUAGAAUUGGAAAACAUUACAUCUCAAGAAACUCGAGAGAUCUUACAUUUCCACUAUACCACGUGGCCUGACUUUGGAGUCCCCGAAUCACCAGCCUCAUUCCUGAACUUUCUUUUCAAAGUCCGCGAAUCGGGCUCACUCAGCCUGGAGCACGGCCCCAUCGUGGUGCACUGCAGCGCCGGCAUCGGCAGGUCGGGCACCUUCUGUCUGGCUGACACCUGCCUCUUGCUGAUGGACAAGAGAAAAGACCCUUCUUCAGUCGAUAUCAAGAAGGUCCUAUUAGAAAUGAGGAAAUUUCGCAUGGGGCUGAUCCAGACGGCAGACCAGCUCCGCUUCUCCUACCUGGCUGUGAUCGAAGGUGCCAAAUUCAUCAUGGGAGACUCUUCAGUGCAGGAACAAUGGAAGGAGCUCUCCCACGAGGACUUGGAGCCCCCACCCGAGCACGCCCCCCCACCUCCCCGGCCACCCAAACGAAUCCUGGAGCCACACAAUGGGAAGUGCAAGGAAUUCUUCCCCAACCACCAGUGGGUGAAGGAUGAGACCGAGGAGGACAGAGUGGAUGGCCCUGUCAAGGAAGAAGUCAGAAGCCCCUUACAUGUCCCCUGCGACGUGGAUAGCACGAGUCAAGACACUGAAGUCAGACGGCGGGUCGUGGGGGGUGGUCCUGCCCCGGGGGAGCCAUCGCCACCCAAGGAGGAGCAGGACCAGGCGCCGACUCACUGGAAGCCCUUCCUGGUCAACAUGUGCAUGGCCACGGUCCUCACGGCCGGCGCCUACCUCUGCUACCGGGUGUGUUUCCACUGACGGCCGGGCCGGCGGACAGCGUGUACGGAGAGCGCUGGCCGGCAGCCGGCGUUGGGUCAGCGCUGCGGAGGACCUGAGCCGGUCUCAGAAGAAACAGCUCAAAGGUUUGAAGUCUGGAACUGUGAAGGGCUAAUGAGAGCGUUGAGGAUUGAUGCACUGGGGUUUUAAGGAGCCCUGUGGUCCCAAGAAUUUAAGAGACUAAUCUCAGGGCCUUAACCUAUUCAGGAGUAAGUAGAGAAAAUGCCAAAUACGUCUCUCUCUCUUUUUUUUUUGUUCAUUUGUUUUUGAAAAAAAAAAAAAUAGAAUUACAACACAUUGUUGUUUUUAACCUUUAUAAAAAAGCAGCUUUUUGUUAUUUCUGGGGGGUAAAAAAAAAAAAAGACUAGGCGCUUAUGAGACUUUCUUGUACCCCUUGGUGGCAUAAUCAGACACACGAUGUAUGUCGGGUUUCCCAGGGAAGGACUCCCACACUUUUACGAAUGUAAACGCCUUUGGAGAAGAGGGUUUAGGGUUCAGGUUGCUGCCUCGCUCGGCGCCGCCCACCACAGUGCACACUGAGCGUGCACAGGGUCCGCCACCUUUCCCGUUUGGGGAAGAACAACAGCAAAAGUCCGUCUCAAAAAAACAAACCCGGCUUCUGCUUUUGCUCAGGUGUCCUCGUCCGCUGCGUUAGCCAUCCCGCCUCCUUCCAGCUUGCUCACGUCCUGCCCUCGCCACCCCUUCCCCUAAAAGGGCUUCCUCCAGCCUCCGCCUCAGUGUCAGAGGUCACCCCAGGGUGGCUCCCAGCUUUUCAGCCUGCCCUUGAGGCCCAGAAGGAGCAGUUUCCACUGCUUCUGGAAGGCGUGCCAUCACAGUGGCGCCUGCACCGCGGAUGCGCGUUGCUGCUCGAGUGAGAAGAGAGGAGGGUUCUCGCCAUUCUGGUUAUGGAAAUCGCUUCGCGAGGCAGUUUUUCUUGUCAUUUUAUGUUUAACCUCUUCCAAGCAGCCAUCUCUGAGGGCAUCAGCAACAUGUAGGCCCCCCCCCCCCCCCCGCUUAGAGCUGAUUUUUGGGAUGAGGAGGCUAUUGUCAAAACAAAGCAGAACAAAACAUACUUCAUGGAGGCUGCAGAGGCCGCGAGGGGCUCAGGGAGGGCACAAGUCUGCAGCGCAGAAUCUAACACACACACACCCCCACCGCCCCGCUGGCAGAGCCCGUCCCGACCAGCCGGCACCUGUGGUGGGCAGGGCCCAGGACAGAGUAGCGCUAGAACCACCCUCCCUGGGGCCGUCUCGCCCGUCUCCUUUCUCCCCGCCCCUUCCUUUGAGUCCCAAAUCCACACCCCAUCUUUUGAGAGCGCCUAGGAGCGUCCCGUGACCGAGAGGAGAAGCGACCCCCUUGGUGCCUCCAGCGUCUGCACUGGCCUCCUCCGAGGGGGAGGGAAGGAGCCUCCCCAUUUUUUAAAAAUCUCCCCCUUCCCCAAAGGCGUCCAUAGUGCACUAGCAUUUUCUUAAACCAAUAACGUAUUAAAAUUUUUUGAUGUCAGCCUUGCAUCAAGGGCUUUAUCAAAAAGUACAAUAACAAACCCUCAGGUAGUGCAGGGGAAGCAAGACUGGGCCGCGAGCCUGCUGCCCCAGACCGGCGCCAGGGAGGCGGACGGUGGCGAGCAGGCGUCGUUUCGUGACGUUGUGGGUAGCGAGAAGAGGUUUGGCAUAUGUUUAUAGACGUGGGAUAAUAUAUAGUGACCACUUGGGUAUUUAAGACACAUGACGUGAGAUUCCUCGGUCCCGGUUAGCCCCGCCCCACCCCGCCUGCCCCCGCGCCCGGGCGCCGCUGUCCCUCUGUGUAUUCGGAUGCAUGUGCCGUCUCGUGUCCCGCUCAGAUACCACGUGCUUGCGACGCUUAGGUCUCUGCCGACUUGCGUGCCCGUGUACAAGCCCAGUGUCCCUUUGCAUGAGCUGACUGUUAUUACGUGGCUGUGGUUCCGAGGCUGUUGCUCAAGUUGUCACCACUGUGGUGAUGUGGCCCAGUGCCCGGUGGUUGCCUAGUUCCUGGCACCGUGCUCUGGGAGGCCCGGCCUGUCCCUGCCCAGCUGGGUCCCCGGUAACUCAGACAUUCCAAGGGGAAGGAAGCCAUCGUCACACCUCACACUCUGGACAUGUAGGUGGGCAGGGGUCCCCCCACACCUCCCCUCGGGAUCAGCCUCCACUGUCCCAAGUUCACACUCCUUGAGCAGACCGUGAUUGGGAACCAAGGCGACGGUCAAAAACCACACUUCUCGAAAUGACCCGGAUGCAGCCCCUGUGAGUCACCCCGCUGCACUCUGGGUCUGGGGCCUGGCCAAGAGGCGUGCCUGCCCCCACCCUUGACCCUGGGGCCUGAUGGUGCUCACAACUCUUCCUGCGAGGGGAACUCAGACCUCCACAUUAAGUGGCUUUUUUAACAAGAAAAAAAAACAAAAGGCAGCUGUAGCUCACAAGCUGCUCUUCGGCCAGCAUUUUCACAUUUUGCCUUUCACGUGUGAGAAGCCCGAGCAGAGAAAUUCUGUGGUGGGAACAUUUGAGGCAUCGCCCCGCAGAGCCUUGGUGAGGUGUGGAGAAGGCCAAGGUGCCAGGCUGCAAGCGUUUCUGAGUUGGGCUUGUUUGUCCCCGAAGUCCUGUAUAUGUUGUGGUAGUCGGGUGUGUGUAGAUAGUAGCACUUCAAAGUGGAUGUACUGGCUUAGCCUCCUGUCCUUGGAAAACUGAUGGUUCUCCAUCCGUCACAUGUAUGUUAGAGAAGUAGCGAGCUGCUCUGCUAUAUGCCUUAAGCCAAUAUUUACUCACCGGGUCAUUCUUUUUUACAAUGGCCAUGGAAUAGACCGUUUUUACAAAAAUAAAAACAAACAAAAAAAACCGAGGUGUUUGGUAUAAUGCCUUUUCAGGUGUGUGUAUAUGUGGGUGCAUG